UCCCAUUGUGAUUUAAUGCUUUAAUUUUGGCAACAAUCUCCUGGAUAUAAAUGUACACGCAUAAUUAGAUAGAUCAUCUAUCUAUAUAUAUAGGUGUGCAAGUUCAAGUGCAAGAGCACAACACCCUUAUUAAUCCCUAAUUACCAAACACUCUCAUCGAUCGAUCUCGCGGAUUAAUUAAAGUGGUAUUAGCGAGCUUAAACGCGCCGCUAAUGGCGGCGAUUUACCUGCUGAUCGCCGCGCUGAUCGCCUCCUCCCAUGCACUCGCCGCGCAUGGCGCCGGCGGCGGCGUUCCGUUGGCGGCGGCGGCGCCUCUCCCGUUCCCCGGCGACCUCGCCGCGUCCGGCAAGCUCCGGACCGACCCGAACGCCACCGUGCCGGCGUCGAUGGACUUCGGCAACAUCACGGCGGCGCUGCCGGCGGCCGUGCUGUUCCCGGGCUCCCCCGGCGACGUGGCGGAGCUCCUGCGCGCCGCCUACGCCGCCCCGGGGCGGCCGUUCACCGUCUCGUUCCGCGGCCGCGGCCACUCCACCAUGGGCCAGGCCCUCGCCGCCGGCGGCGUCGUCGUCCACAUGCAGUCCAUGGGCGGCGGCGGCGCGCCGCGGAUCAACGUGUCGGCGGACGGCGCGUACGUGGACGCCGGCGGCGAGCAGCUGUGGGUCGACGUGCUCCGCGCCGCGCUGGCGCGCGGCGUGGCGCCGCGGUCGUGGACGGACUACCUCCACCUCACCGUCGGCGGCACCCUCUCCAACGCCGGCGUCAGCGGGCAGACUUACCGGCACGGGCCACAGAUCUCCAACGUGCUCGAGCUCGACGUCAUCACCGGGCAUGGCGAGACGGUGACGUGCUCCAAGGCGGUCAACUCGGACCUGUUCGACGCCGUCCUGGGCGGGCUGGGCCAGUUCGGCGUGAUCACGCGCGCGCGCGUCGCCGUCGAGCCGGCGCCGGCGCGGGCGCGGUGGGUGCGCCUCGUGUACGCCGACUUCGCCGCCUUCUCCGCCGACCAGGAGCGCCUCGUCGCGGCGCGGCCCGACGGGUCGCACGGGCCAUGGAGCUACGUGGAGGGCGCGGUGUACCUUGCCGGCCGCGGCCUCGCCGUGGCGCUCAAGAGCUCCGGCGGGUUCUUCUCCGACGCCGACGCCGCGCGCGUCGUCGCGCUCGCCGCGGCGAGGAACGCCACCGCCGUGUACAGCAUCGAGGCGACGCUCAACUACGCCGCGAACGCGACGCCGUCGUCCGUGGACGCGGCGGUGGCGGCGGCGCUCGGCGAUCUCCACUUCGAGGAGGGGUUCUCCUUCUCCCGCGACGUCACCUACGAGGAGUUCCUCGACCGGGUGUACGGCGAGGAGGAGGCCCUCGAGAAGGCCGGGCUAUGGCGCGUCCCGCACCCGUGGCUCAACCUGUUCGUCCCGGGCUCCCGCAUCGCCGACUUCGACCGCGGCGUCUUCAAGGGCAUCCUCCAGACGGCCACCGACAUCGCCGGACCUCUCAUCAUCUACCCCGUCAACAAAUCCAAGUGGGAUGCGGCGAUGUCGGCGGUGACGCCGGAGGGGGAGGAGGAGGUGUUCUACGUGGUGUCGCUGCUGUUCUCGGCGGUGGCGAACGACGUGGCGGCGCUGGAGGCGCAGAACAGGAGGAUACUGAGGUUCUGCGACCUCGCCGGGAUCGGGUACAAGGCGUACCUGGCGCACUACGACAGCCGCGGCGACUGGGUGAGGCAUUUUGGCGCCAAAUGGGAUCGCUUCGUGCAGAGGAAGGACAAGUACGACCCCAAGAAGCUGCUCUCCCCUGGCCAGGACAUCUUCAACUGAUUGAUUAAUUAAUUAAUUAAUUGUUGCCUAAUUAAUUAAUUAAUUAAUUAAUUAGUUACAGCGGUUAACUUUAGUCAAAAAAUGAAAUAAACAUAAUGUUGUCGAGAACUUACUGUUGAUAAGUAGUUACUGUGACUUGAAAACAAAAGUGUGUAGCUCCUCCUCGCAUCUUGUAUGAUGGAAGGAUGAGAUGGGGGUUACAAGCAAUAAAAAAGAAGAUGAUGAAACUAGUAAUACAACUUAACGCAUGUUCCUUUGUUUGUAAAAAUGUACAACUGCCACUUAUAGUAGACGUAUCGCUGUAACAUGUUAAUGUACUUUUUCCCGCACUUCGGGUCUCCUUUUCCCUAA